AUGGAGCCGCCGGCGGAUCUGAACCGGAACACCGAGUGGUUCACCUAUCCGGGGGUCUGGACUACCUAUAUAUUGAUUCUCUUCUUCUCAUGGCUCAUCGUUCUAUCCCUUACUAAUUGCACGCCCGGCAUGGCGUGGACUAUCGUGACUUACCAUUUCUUCCAUUGGAAGAAAGGGACCCCUUUCGGUGAUGAUCAGGGGAUAUAUAAUUCUUUGACAUGGUGGGAGCAGAUGGACGGUGGAAAACAGCUCACUCGCAAUAGAAAGUUCCUCACAGUUGUUCCCGUGGUCCUCUACUUGAUAGCCUCGCACACCACGGACUACGAACAUCCCAUGCUUUUCCUUAACACACUUGCUGUCCUCAUCUUGGUCGUGGCUAAGUUCCCAAAUAUGCACAAGGUCCGAAUCUUGGGGAUCAACGGUGACCAGUGA